ACACCAAGAAAUCAAACGAGUCUCAGCUUCGGUGAACAAAAUGUCGCACUCCUGGUUGUAUUUCUGCCUCGCCACUGUGAUGGUCGUCUCUGUCGUCGACGGCACAUUUUUCUAUUUUAUUCCCAACAGGAAUCUUCCGCAACAAUUUUAUAACAAGGACAUGGGGUUCAUCAGAACGACAUCGUAUCAACCUGGAAGAACGGAUGGGAGAAAAGACGAGGUUUCUUGGGUUUCAUCCCACCGCAGUUACUACUACCCAGUUGGGCCGAGUGGUCCGAUCCCGCCCUUUGAAUCUUUGGAAAAUUUCGAACGGCCCCCAGUGGACAUCUACGAUCAACAGUACGGCAAUGCAGCAGCUCCCGGAUUUGGUGGCAUAUUGUUCGGUUGAUUUCUUUUGAUUCCAACAUAUGUUUGUCAACAAUUAAUUAAUUAUUUUAUUGUUGAUUAUGGCCUCAACAAUAUUCUAUACUUACAUGAUUUUCCCCCCUAUCUACAUCAAUAUGUGAUAGACUCACAUGACAUGUUUUAAUAAUACAAAUAGUGGGCUUAUCGAUUUUAUUAUUCGCCUACCUACAUCUAGCCAGACGUGAAAUUCACGAAAGUGAUAAUAUUUCAUGCGCCUUAUAAUUUAUUGCUUGCCGUUAACUACCCCAGUAUUAUUCCGUUAGACAAUAAAUUAAUUGCGCUUCAA